CCCCGGACUAGCAUGGUUUCCUCCCUUGUGUCACCCUUCUGGGGCCCCCAGACCUCGUAUCUGAACUUCUGCGAAGAGGACUACGUCGUAACUCGAUAUGUCGGCGAGUUUAUCAACACUCUAAGCAGCUUCGUUUAUGUCAUCUACGGAAUCUACGGUCUAUUGCAGCUUCAUCGGAAUGGACGAACCGGGUCCCGAUCGAUCACGUAUUGCGGGUUGAUCGGGGUAGGCAUUUGUUCCGGAGGCUACCAUAUGACACUAAAGUACCAUACUCAGAUGUCGGAUGAACUUUCGAUGCAUCUUCUGACCACGCCCCUGCUGUAUCGCAUCCUUACUUUCCAGACGACUCCGCAGUAUACCAGCAUGGUGCGGGUCCUUCUCUCGCUUCUCUUCACGAUCGUCAUGGUUGUGCAUAUGGUCAUGGAUGAGUUUCUGCUCCAUGCCGUCACGUUUGGUCUGGCGGUUUACUUGAUCGCGACGCGAACGCUCAAGCUCAUUCCCCAGCAAAUCCCCGACCCUGUGACGAGGAAGAAUAUCCAAAGCAUAGCUAUUUUUGGCUGCUUCAGUUUUGUCUUUGGUUACAUCGUGUGGUUAAUUGACGACUGGGCGUGUCAGUAUUUGACCAGCACAAGGCACUUCAUUGGUCUGCCCUGGGCAUUUUUGUUGGAACUGCACGGAUGGUGGCAUGUCUUCACUGCUAUCGGUGGGUACAUUGCUGUCGCGCUUAUCGACAUGAUCACGUCGGGCGAAGUGGACAAGAAUUCCACGAAACGUCUUGCCUGGCCUCUUCCUGCUGUGGCGAGGUUCGUGGGAACCGCCAAGUGAGAUUCGAGGAUUAGGUCUUGCUCCUCGAUAAAAAGACAGUCGAGCAGAUCUAGCCCUGGGGAUUAAAUGUCAACGCUACAUCCCCAACAGCUACGAACCCCUCGAUAUGGAACACAGUGGCACAAGGUGAUUGUUGUCAUCUGUUGGAAUCAUUGACGACGUCAUUCGCAGAGCCUCUAGUGACAAGCAUUACAAGCUCC